AUGAUGCUGGUGGUCAUGGUGAUGGUGGUCACGGUGAUGGUCGUCAUGGUCAUGGUGAUCAUGGACGAGCGGGGGGUCGGAUCCGCGCCUUUGGCCACGCUACGCUCCUGCACUCCGGAGAGUUCCUCGCCGUAUGGGAGAGUCUUUCACCCGUGGAAGACAGUCGGCGUGGCCGCCUGUGACCUGGCGGCUUCUGGUGUGUCCGCGGUCUGCAGGCGUGGAACCGGGCUGGCGGAGUCUUGCGCUGCCAACAGCUCCACCGGAUCCAGCGCUUUUUCCUUGACCUCGAGCACCGCGUCCACGUUUGGAAACGAUUAUUCUGUUUAUGAGGCAGCUGUUUCAAACUGCCAGGAGUCUCGCCGCCAGUCGGUGUUUAUUUCCAAAGUUCAAGCAUCAGUGGAGGCUCUGCAGGCACUCCAUCCUGCAAUGAGCGUCACGCACCCCUGUGAAAGCUGGUUGGGUUCCCCUCGCCCCGGCAUAGCCAACAGCGACGCUAGAAACAGCGGCGGGCCGGCGUGGUGGGACAGCGGGUGGGUUGAGGUUCAGAACUCAAACGGGGCUGUGAUGCAGACCGCGCUACACUCUGUAGGGCUUCACACCCGGCUGCACGCCCCUUUGAGCGGCUACGCUUCAGAUUCCGGGCUGAGCCACUCCGGCUUUAACGCACGAUCUUCUCCGCAUCCCCUGAGCACCGGCCAGCCUCUGGCGGACGGGUUCAAACCCGUAUUUCCUGCCUCUUAUCCGGACUCCAGUCCUUCCUCUGCAGUGCGAACCGGGGGCUCCAUGCUGACCGGAUGUCUUGCAAACUCCCUGCCAGGUUGUCCUCGCGCCUCAGCGCGACGUUACUCAGGCAGAGCCACGUGCGACUGUCCCAACUGCCACGAGAUGGAGAGGAUGGGGCUGACUGGCGCGAGCCUGAGAAGGAAGGCUCUCCACAGCUGUCACGUACCUGGCUGCGGAAAGGUGUACGGAAAAACUUCGCACCUGAAGGCGCACCUGCGUUGGCACACCGGCGAAAGGCCCUUCGUGUGUAACUGGCUGUUCUGCGGCAAGAGGUUCACCAGGUCGGACGAGCUUCAGCGACACUUGCGCACGCACACCGGGGAGAAAAGGUUCGCCUGUUCGGUUUGCAACAAGCGAUUUAUGCGCAGUGACCACCUCGGCAAACACGUGAAGACUCACGGCGCAGGCGGGUCCGCUGGGUCCGGCUGCAGCGGAGGGACUCAGCGGAGCGACAGCGACGGAGAGCACAGCCCCCCCGGCAGUCCGUCCUGUCUCUCCCCGAUCCCGAUGCAAUCCUCCAGACUGAAACAGCCAGUCUGA